CGUAUGCAUAAAUGAUAUUCAGCGAUGACGUUGGUCACAGUCAUCAGACCAUUUUUCAUUUGACUUGUAUUUGCUGUAUUUUAAUAAGUCAUGGCCGAAACCAGGCCUCAACACCAGGCCCAAUAUAGAGGCUGGCUGUACAAAUGGACAAACUAUCUUCGUGGUUAUCAAAAACGAUGGUUUGUUCUUCAAAAUGGACUCCUGUCCUACUACAGAAACCAAGCAGAAAUGGCUCACACCUGCAGGGGAACUAUUAACCUUGCCAAUGCCUUUAUACAUACAGAAGAUUCCAAUACAAUCGUGAUAUCAAAUAGUGGAUCCUCUACGUACUACCUGAAAGCAACAUCUGAGGUAGAAAGACAGAAAUGGGUGACUGCAUUAGAAUUGGCUAAAGCAGAAGCUGUCAAAAUGCAAGAUAAUGAGAGUGAUGAAGAAGACCAGCCACAACCAGAUAAAAAUGAACUCCAGAACACGGUAAAACUUCUGGGGUCAAAACUUGAAGACAUGACAACUUGUAACGAUCUGAUAGCCAAACAUGGUAGUGCCCUACAGAGGGCACUGUCCGAACUGGAAAGCAUGGAGAUUUUAACUAAUACAGAACAUGGGAGUAAAGCUAAAGUCAUCAAUGAGAGAGCUACCAUGUUUAGAAUUACAUCAAAUGCCAUGAUAAAUGCAUGUACUGAAUAUUUAGAUGUAGCACAGUCACAGACAAAAAGGUUACAAAAACUGUUUGAUUAUGAACAUGAACAGAGAAUGAAGCUAGAAGAUAUGGUAGAACAAUUGGCUAAAGAACAAGUUUCUUUAGAAGUACAGGCAAAGAAAUCCUUACAUUUACAAAAACAUGGAAAGGAAAAAGGAGCAACAGGUUCAGAUGAGGAUGAUUUCUUUGAUGCUCUAGAUUACCAUGCAGAUGAAUUUGAAGUAGCUCUUCCUCAUGAAAUAAUGACUCAUAGGAGGAUGUUGAGUGACACGAGUGAAGACAGCCAUAUAAUCCCUGAUGACAGGAGUAGUAACGGUAGCGACACUGAGCAAGAUGGGCAGGAAGCUCGAGUAUACUCACAUAUUAAUAAAUCUGAUAGUCCUAAGCGAAGCGGUUCUGCAGUGGCAACUGUUGUUAAAUCUACACAUAAACGAAAUCCUAGUCAAGAAUCUAUAAGAAGGACAGAGUCAAUUGAUUCCGCUAGUUCAAUGACCCAGAAACGUUUCCGGCGACCUUUGAUACCACCUAGACCUAGCUAUAGUCUUAAUUUAUGGAGUAUUAUGAAAAACUGUAUUGGAAAAGAAUUAUCUAAAAUACCCAUGCCUGUAAAUUUUAAUGAGCCUUUGUCUAUGUUACAACGUCUCUCAGAAGAUUUUGAAUAUUCCCGCUGUUUAGAUCGAGCAGCUGAAAGUGAAGAUUCCGCUGAACAAUUAGCCUACCUAGCUGCCUUUACAAUUUCCUCAUAUUCCACGACAACAAACCGUAGCACCAAACCAUUUAAUCCAUUAUUAGGAGAAACGUAUGAAUGUGAUAGAACGGAUGAUUAUGGCUGGAAAUCUGUAGCUGAACAAGUAAAUACGAUAUUUAUUACUGUUAGUCACCACCCUCCCAUGGCGUCUCAGCAUUGUGAAGGAAGAGGUUGGGAAACGUGGCAAGAAUUUACAAUGACUAGUAAAUUCAGAGGAGCAUAUCUCCAAAUUAUACCAUUAGGAAUUUCUCAUGCAAAGUUUACGAAAAGUGGUAACCAUUAUACAUGGAGGAAAGUAACAACUACUGUACACAAUAUAAUUGUGGGUAAAUUGUGGGUAGACAACCACGGUGAAAUGGAUAUUAUAAAUCAUAAAAACGGUGAUAAAUGUCAUUUAAAAUUCUCCACAUAUAGUUACUUCUCCAGGGAUAUACCAAGAAAGGUAACUGGAGUCAUUACAACAAAAGAGGGUGAUGCCAAAUGGGUAUUAACUGGUACCUGGGACAAGAAGAUGGAAGGAGCAAAAAUAUUGCAUGUUGAUGAAUCAAAUAAAGGGAAACCAGUAUUUGAAACAGGACCACACUUUACAUUAUGGGAGAAAAAACCUCUACCGCCUGGAGCAGAGAAAAUGUAUUUUUUCACUCGAUUAGCAUUAGAAUUAAACGAACCUGAAGAAGGGGUGGCACCAACAGACUGUAGAAUUCGUCCUGACCAAAGAUUGAUGGAAGAUGGAAAGUGGGAUGAGGCUAACAAGUACAAGCUCCAGUUAGAAGAUAAACAGAGAGCAGCAAGAAAGAAACGAGAGUUAGAUGCAGAGGAGGCUAAAAAGAAAGGAGAAGAUUUUCCACCCUACACACCUACAUGGUUUGUACGGAAGACAGACUCUGCCACUGGGAACCCUAUACAUAUGUAUAAUGGACAAUAUUGGGACUGUAAACAGAAACAGGACUGGACCAGGUGUCCUGAAAUAUAUAUAUAAUACUAUGUAUUGUAGUUAGGCCAAGAGACAAGUGCAAAUUUGCUAUACACUGAUAAAUAUGGAGUAUAUGGUCUGUAAGAAGACUUGUUGGUCCAAAGAGUCAGUAAGAGGACAUUGGUCCGGUGUUAAAAAAUGUAGAAGCCAGGUCCUGGACUAUUUAAUAUAUUGCAAGAGAUUUAGGAAAAAUUGUAUGAGGUCUGACGGACCUAUUGGAUAUAUAAAGCUCACAAUAAUGAAUCAAAUUAUAUAAUGCAUGUUUGAUACCCUGUUACAAGGUUGUUUCAUUCGCUUUUGAUAUGAGGAGGUGAAAUUGUAAGAUUUAUGACCAGAACAAAUAGAGAAAGUAGCCUCUUUUGGUACAGCAAUAAUUUUGUUAAGGCAGGAGGGAGGCAUGCACUUGAGAUUUUUACUGUCAAAUUGUAACUUUUUUUGUUAAGUUAUAAAUCAUGUAGUGUUUUUAGAAUUUAGAAUUAUGGUUCUGUUAUGAUGGUCUACAGAGUGGAAAAAAAUAAUGUCAUAUUUUAGUCACUUGCUCUUUUGGCUUUCAAAAAUCCAAAGAACAAAACUUCUUUAUGUAUGACCUCUGAAAUAAAAAUGAAGACCUUAAGCUGCGGUAAAUCGUUAAUUCAUGAAUGCUUCUUUAUAACACACAGAGAGAAAAAAGUUUAAAUGUGGGUCUACUUUUUUUAAAACUUCAAACUCUGCUCGAAAAUAUAUAAAAUAAACUUGUGUUCUGUGAGGAUUGAAGUCUGCUACCCCACAGGGAUAUUCCCUGUACCUUUUAAUUUUAGUUUAGUAGCUUUUUCUCUUCUUUUGAGUUUUAUUUGGUAAAACAUGUUCUUGUAUUGUUUGAAUUGGCAAAAGAAUUGAAAAAAAAAAAAAAAAAAUGCAA